AUGCUGCGAAGACUGUAUGUAACCGCUGAGCCAGCUAGCAGCACUGAAGAAAUGAACAAUCACCUGAAAUCGGCCAAGGAGGUUCGGUUGGCAUGGAUGGACAGGAGUCCUGGACAACAGGGUGUCAAUCACUUGGUUGGUCGUUUCCGCGACAACCUGAAGUACAGAUCAGCGACCGCCACUACCGUCGCUUCAACAGCUAACAAGGACAGGAACAGGUACCGUGAUAUUCCGUGCAUCGACUCAUCACGUGUAAUUCUCAAAGGAAAGCAACCUGAUUACAUCAACGCAAAUUGGGUUGUUGCCGCUUCUGGGCAAAAAUACAUUUGCACACAGGGCCCUAUUCCUUCGACUGUACCCGAUUUCUGGCAAAUGGUUGUACAAGAACACUGUUGCACUAUAGUUAUGCUAUGUAGACUCGUGGAGUAUGGAAAAGAUAAAUGCGCACCAUAUUUUCCAUAA